AUGGGGGACUUUGAUCAGGAAGCCCUAAAUGAGGAACUGAUUGAGUGUGCCAUUCAAGAGAGCAUUCAAGAUACCUACAAGCUGUCAUGUUCAGUGCAAACAAACAGAAAGGAACCUAACAGUGAAGACUUUAUGAAGAUCAUGGCAGCUAUUCACAAAGGUGAUGUGUAUGCACUGCAGGAGCUCUCAGGUUGUGUGUCUGCCUUCAGAGAGAGUGACAGAAGAGGCCGGCAACCUUUGCAUGCUGCAGCUAUACAGCCCCAGAAAGGGAUCCUGCAUGUGGUGCUGCAGGUGUUGACAUCCACAGACCUGACAUUGGAGGAGCAGACGGAGGAUGGGGACACAGCUCUGACUCUGGCAGCAGAGGCUGGCAUGGUGGAAAAUGUCAAGAUGCUGCUGAAGCACGGAGCUUCACCACACAACACCAACAGCAGCAACGAGUCUCCUCUGCUCAUCGCAGUGAGACAGGGAUCAUAUGACAUGGUUUUAGCCCUCAUAAUGAGUGGAGCCUUUGUUGAGCAGGUGUGUCUCACCAAGUGGACGGCCAUCCAUGAAGCUGCAAAGGUGGGUUGUCCAGCCAUUCUAAUGCUGCUCCUUCGACAUGGAGCCAAAGUGAGUGCUCAAGAUGGACAUGGGGUAACACCUCUGGGGAUCGCAGCUGAAUAUGGCAACACAGAAGUGCUGGAUAUACUCAUACAACAUGGUGGUGACGUGAAUACCCAGGCCUGCAAUGGGGACACAGUCUUGUAUGAUGCAACUGGAUCAGGGAAUCUGGACUGUAUCAAGCUGCUCCUGAAGUAUGGAGCCAACCCAAAUGUGGCUAGCUAUGCCUGCCAGCUGCCCAUCCACAGAGCUGCAUAUGAAGGACACAUACUAGCCCUGAGGACUCUCAUCCCCAUCACCACAAAGAAAGCCAUCUAUCUCUCAGGCCAGAGCCCCGUCCACUCGGCAGCAGACGGGGGACAGGUUGAGUGUCUGGACUUGCUUAUACAGACAGGAUACGAUGUCAACGCCCUGCUACACACACACAUCUCUGAGAACUACAGCGACCUCAGAAAAACUGCUCUGUACUUUGCGGUUUCCAGUGGUGAUGUGACCUGUGCAGAGAUGUUACUGGCAGCUGGAGCAAGAACUGACCUGGACCCACUACAAUGUAUCCUGAUUGCAAUACGAUCUGAAAGGUAUGAGCUGGUGCAGCUGUUGUUGUCCUAUGGAGCAGAUGUGAACUGUUACUUCAGAGUGAUCAGCAACACAGUUUUCCCCACAGCCCUGCAGUACUGCCUGAGGGACCACGUCAUGUUGCGACUACUGCUUAACAGUGGAUAUCAAGUUCACAAGUGUUUCCAGUGUAGCCAUGGUAACAGUGAAGAAGUGAAUAAUACCUGGACGGACCUCCAUAACCAUGUUUACCAGGUUUACAGUCAACGUAAUAUCGUCUCAUUCUGUGACUUUGUGUCAGUGUCCUGGCUGACACAUCUGGUUGGCAGUGUGGUGAGAAUCCUCCUGGAUUAUGUCAGCCAUGUUAACAUCUGUCGCAACCUCAAACGCAUCCUGAAGAGGAGGCCUGAGUGGGAUGAGAUUUCUGACAUACUGAGCAAGCCACGGUCCCUGCGGCACUUGUGUCGACUAGUAAUCAGAGGUCUCAUGAGCCUCAGGGUGCUGAAUAACCCUGCUGCCAUGGCUGCUGUCCCCUUUCCUCCGCGACUGAAGAAGUACCUGACCUACAGAGAGUAUGACCUGUACAGUAACCUCUCCUCUACGUGA